AUGAUGGAAGAGUUGGUUUACGGGGCUUUAAGAAGAUGUUAUGUGUUUUUUAUCCUUUGUUUCGUCAUUCUUCUUCCAUCAAUAAGUGCACAAGGCUUUUUGAGCAUAGCAUGCUGCGCUGAAUCAAGUUUUACAAAUAACAGCAUACAUUGGGUACCUGACGACCAAUGGUUUAGAGACAGGAAAAGUUGCAGUAACUUGAACAAAGGCAACGAAAGAGCUCGGAUUUUUGACAUCGAAUCAGGGAAAAGAUGUUAUAGCUUAGCGACAAUAAAAGAUCAGGACUAUCUGAUAAGGGGUUCAUUCCCUGUCGGUGAAACAGAGGGGGCUCAGUUAGACUCUUUGUUUGGUGUUUCCAUAGGCGUCACACCACUACACCUGGUGAACUCAUCGGAGGGCUCGGUGGUGGAAGGAAUUUUCCAAGCUGCUGAUAGCUAUACUGACUUCUGCUUAGUGCAUGUAAAGGGGGAUCCCUACAUAUCGAGUCUUGAGCUAAGGCCUUUGAAUGGUUCAGCGUAUCUAAAGGAUAAAUCAUCCAGUAUUCUGAAGCUGGUUAACAGAACUGAUCUAGGGGGCAUUGGAGAGACCAGGUACCCAGAAGACGGAUAUGACAGAAUUUGGAAACCAGCAUCAAGUCUUUACUCACCGGCCAACUCCUCUGUUACUAUCCACAACAAUGCUAAUACAACAGUGCCGCUCAAAGUUCUACAAACAGCUGUUACAGAUUCAAACCAAUUGGAGUUCCUGCAAAAUGGCCUUGAUAAUGAAGACUAUAACUACACAGUGAUCCUCUACUUUCUUGAGCUCAAUGACACUGUCACAAGAAUUGGUCAGAGGGUGUUUGAUAUUUACAUCAACAAUGAGAGGAAAGAGGAUAAUUUUGAUAUAUUGGCUAAUGGAUCGAACUAUCGAGAGGGUUUUUACAAUGUGACAGCUAAAGGGUCUCUGAAUUUGACCUUGGUUAAGGUAUCGAAUAGAUCUGAAUUUGGACCCAUUUGCAAUGCCUUCGAGAUCUUGCAGGUGCGUCCAAGGGAUCUACAGACUGACUAUGAUGAUGUGAUUGUGAUAAAGAAGGUAAAAGAGGAGCUGUUAAUGCUUAACCAGGGGAAUACCUUAAUAGAUUCUUGGUCAGGAGAUCCAUGCCUUCCUGAUCACUGGCAAGGUCUGACCUGCAACUCUAAUGGUUCCACAGUCAUCACAGAUCUGGAUCUUUCUGCAAGUAAAUUUCAAGGGCCAAUUCCUCCGAGUAUCACAGAACUGACCCACCUGAAAACAUUGAACCUGAGCGACAAUUACUUCAGAGGCGAGAUUCCAACAUUCCCGCAAUCCUCCAAUUUGACAUCAGUGGAUAUAAGCAAAAAUGAACUCGUGGGAUCGCUACCAGAAUCUCUUAUCUCACUUCCAGACUUGAGUAUAUUAUAUUAUGGAUGCAAUCCUCAACUCGACAAUGACCUCCCAUCUAGCUUGAACAGCUCAAAACUAACCACUGACUCUGGAGCAUGUCAACGGAAAUCAAGUGGUCCAACAAAAGGAAUUGUCAUUGGCACUGCUGUAUGUGGAAGCGCUGUAGUUACUAUUGCUCUUGGAACUGUUAUUGUUUGCCUUUACAGACAAAAACUAAUGGCUAGGAGAAAAUGCAAUCGAAAUCGACUCGUCAUGGCAAAGAAUCUGGUGUUCUCCAUACCUAGCACGGAUGACGUUUUUGUUAAGUCAAUAUCUAUACAGACAUAUACUCUAGAGUACAUUGAGAUUGCCACCCAAAAGUACAAAACCUUGAUUGGUGAAGGAGGCUUUGGAUCUGUGUACCAAGGUACUCUACCUGACGGCCAGGAGGUUGCAGUGAAGGUCCGAUCAGCUACCUCAACUCAAGGAACUAGAGAAUUUGAGAAUGAGCUAAACCUUCUUUCGGCUAUUCGGCAUGAAAAUCUGGUGCCUCUUCUUGGUUGUUGUUGUGAAAACGACCAACAAAUCCUUGUUUAUCCUUUCAUGUCCAAUGGCUCUCUGCAAGAUCGCCUCUAUGGUGAAGCAGCCAAAAGGAGAAUUUUGGACUGGCCAACUAGGCUUUCAAUUGCUCUUGGUGCUGCUCGAGGUUUGAUGUAUCUCCAUACUUAUGCGGGGCGUUGUGUUAUACAUAGGGAUGUAAAAUCAAGCAACAUACUUUUGGACAAUAGCAUGUGUGCUAAGGUAGCAGACUUUGGUUUUUCGAAAUAUGCUCCUCAAGAGGGGGACAGUAAUGCUUCCCUUGAAGUAAGAGGCACCGCCGGAUACAUGGAUCCAGAGUAUUAUUCAACCCAGCAACUAUCUGCAAAAAGUGAUGUCUUCAGCUUUGGUGUUGUUCUCCUUGAAAUUAUAAGCGGAAGGGAGCCUCUUAACAUACAGAGGCCACGGAAUGAGUGGAGUUUGGUUGAAUGGGCAAAACCUUAUAUAAGGGAGUCAAAGAUUGAUGAAAUCAUCGACCCCAAUAUAAAGGGAGGGUACCACGCCGAGGCAAUGUGGAGAGUAGUUGAGGCGGCAUUGGCAUGUAUUGAGCCUUUCUCUGCUUACAGACCAUGCAUGGCUGACAUCGUUCGAGAGCUAGAGGAUGCUUUGAUCAUAGAGAACAAUGCAUCAGAAUACAUGAAGUCCAUAGAUAGCAUAUAUAGCUUGGGAGGGUCCAAUCGCUACUCCAUAGUUAUGGAAAAAAAGAUGGUUCUAAUGCCUACCCCAACUACAUCAGAACCCUCACCUAUUAACACACAAGCCUUGGCUCCUCCAGAGCCAAGAUAGUAGAUGGACGGAUGAAAUAUUUAUCAAUUUACAAAUGAU